ACUUGGCAAUCAACCAUGUGACCGUUCAAGUGACUAAGCUGCCAUUGUAGCAUGGUAUACAUAAGAUCAGCAUGAUCUGCUUUGCAUUGCCUGUACUGGCAGAGGAAUUGUAUAUAGUACAAAAGGAAGAAUGUUCAAUAACAUGCUUUAUUUGGGAUACGUACACUUGAUGAAAGGCUAAACAUAUUCAUAAGGGAAACACAUCUUGUUAGAGAGGAUGUUACAUAUGGACUAUGAUGGCAUGGAUUCAGUCCCAGUGAAUCUCUGGUUGAGUCUCAAGUGGCUUGAUGCCAAGAUAAACUGACUGGCAGUAAACCACCAGUCAGAAAGUAACUCUGACUUUGACUUUCAACAGUACGAGUAAUGUUUCAAUGAUUGCUGUGUUCUUGGAUACUGAGAAAGCCUUUGACACAACAUCACACUCUGGCCUCCUUUGUAAAUGGUUAGAAUUUUUGACAGGUCUUAUUAAGCUAAUUACUUCUUCUCUCACACACAGAAAAUUUAAAGUUUUGAUAGAAGACAAAUUUUCUGUGCCAAGAAAAAUAGCUGCAGGGCUACCUCAAGGUUGCAUCCUUCCCCUAGUAUCGUGCAGUCUAUACAUAAGCAAUGCUCCCAUGGCACCUGGAUCUCAUUUUACUGUGUUCGUGCAUGAUACAUAUAUUUGCGUGACUGAGAAUCCCUGAAAUUUGCAGCAUGGCCUCACUGGAUUGAAGUCACAGUGUGAACAACAGAAUGUAAAGGUUAAUGAAGGGAAAACCCAGGUGACCCAAUUUCUCCAGAAGGCUUGGAGUCCCUGAUGGCAUGCUACAACUAAAUGAAUGGACAUCCCCUUUGUGAAUGAUGUGACAUAUCUUGCUGUUGCCUUCUGUAGGACGACGACAUGGAGUUUCCAUAUUGAAUGGACUGUAGCCAAGGCCUCGCACAUGUGCUUAAGGACCUAUUCCCCAUUCAGAACAAUCUACUGAAGGACUAUCAGAGUGGCUACACACCAAAUCCAGAUAUUCUCUGUAAUCGCCAAAUAAAGUUUGAUACUUUUUGCAAAUAUGUCCAACAUAAAAUGGAUGCUGAUGCGAUUGCAACUGGUCAUUAUGCCCGUACCACAUUUGGUGAUUUCUUGGAAAAUGAUGAUCCUGUUGCAGGUGUUCAUCUACUCAAACCAGCAGAUCUGUUUAAGGAUCAGACCUUCUUUCUAAGUCAAGUUUCUCAAAUGCCGCUACAGAAGACAAUGUUUCCUCUUGGGAACGUGACAAAAAGCCAAGUUAAAAGAAUAGCUAGUGAAUCUGGAAUGGAGUAUAUUGUCAAGAAGAAGGAAAGCACAGGCAUCUGUUUUAUUGGCUCAAGAAAUUUUAAAAAAUUUAUAUCAGAGUAUUUGGUUGACAAACCAGGGUAUUUCCGAGAUAUUGAUAAUGGCCUCAUAGUGGGUAACCAUGCAGGAAUGCACCAUUGGACAGUUGGUCAGAGAUGUCGGAUAGGGGGCCAACUGAAGCCAUAUUUUGUAGCAAGGAAAGAACCUAAAUCCAGUGAUAUAUUUGUGGCUUCUGGUACAAAUCAUCCAUCACUUUUCACGCAGUUCUUUUUGACAGCAAGACCACAUUGGAUCCAUUCACCUCCUCAGCCUCUGUUGCAGGAAGGGAUAUUUGAAUGUGAAUUUCGCUUUCAGCACACAAAGCCACUUGUGAAGUGUAUGCUACUGGUUAUAACAGAUAACCAAAUAUUGAUAACAUUGACUAGACCCUUGCGAGCAAUUACGCCAGGGCAGUAUGCAGUAUUUUACAAGGACAAGGAGUGCCUUGGUAGUGCAAGAAUCAUUCUGCUGGGACCAUCUCUUCAGAGCCUUGGACAUGGCGGACAAGGGCCGGUACAGUCUGCUUUCUUGUCUUGGGUGGACAGGCCACCGGAACAAGGGUUAACUGAGGUUGCUGCUGCCGCUGUUCUGCGCUGCCACUCAGUGCUGCCGCGAAGGAGACACCUGGGGUAAUGAAGUUUGAGAACACCCUCCCCAUGGUAGUUUUUGGUGUUCUCUGUGCCUUCUUUCUGCUGCUCCUCCUUGGCAUGUUUGCUACCCUGAUAAUUGGCGGGAUGCGGUUUGUCUUCUUUCACCAACCGGCAGUUGCAGCAUUUUGGGGUGGAGGCAGAGUUUCCCUUACUGGGCACCCCUUGUGUAGGUGGCCGCCUCCGCACCACAAACGAGGAGUUUGCUUGCAGUUUGCCCAAACGUGGCCGAACUGCUGGCAGUUGUAACACCGCAUGAGCCCGUUUUGUGCUUUGUAUGUCUCUACCCUGAUGGCAAUGUGGCAGAGGUUGGUCAGUCGGAAGAGUCCGUGGGACUUCUCCGUUCUCCGUUCAUGAGGUGUCCAAUGACUGGUUGUCAUUCGUUUGACGAUACUGACGUCAAAACCCAGACUCACCAGGCCGUCAGAGAUACCCUCAGCUGGAGUAUUCUGUGGAAGGUGAUGGAUGACAGCUUUGAUCGGUUUUUCUGAUUUCGGAAAAUAUGAAAGGUUGUUAUCCUCUAAGAAUUUCUUGAUGGCUGAAAAGUCCGCCAUUUCUUUUGUGACAAUUCUGGUCCCGCUCCUGAUGUUGUGGAACUCAAAAUUUCCCGUUAGAAUGCCUUUGACUUUCCUUUGCAACUGCAUCAAGUUGGUCAUAGAGGUUAGCACAAUUGGAGGCGGCCUACCUGUCUUGUACGAUGGCUGCCGCUGUUCUUUGUUUGUAUCCUCCAUGAUGUCCAUUCCUGAUGUCUUCAGGGCCGUGAAGAAAUUUUUAACAGUACCUCGCCCGGGGACCAUAUCCUAGGGUCCCUCGGUCUAGGUGUCGGCUUUGGUCUUUUCGGCUGUUCUUCUGAGGAGUUUCGCUUGCGUCUUCUUUGUUCGCGAAAUUCAUCAGGUGAUUCCGUGUGUUCUGGGGGAACGAGUCUCACAUUUCCCUGUUUAUGUCAGUGUACAUGCCCAAAAUGGCUGUAAAGAGCGCCUUUCCAUCGAGGUGCUUACAAAGCACUAUCCUCUCGACCUCGGAUUUGAUGAUUAGUUCCUUCCAUACUACGCCGUUUUCAUUAACAGAGGGUGAUGUAAGGAUAAGCUGCCCUGUUAUGUGUAGGCCAUUACGCAGUAAUUCUAUUUCUUUCCGACAGUCAGGAUUCAUUGCUUUUAAGUCAUCGUGCGUCUUCUCAAAGGACGCCACGAUUCCCUUCCAGCGUGUUUCACACACUGUCGGCUCCAUCAUUUUGCCUGCUUACAAGUCCGUACUCAGACAGGACGAACCUACCACUGACACACCAGCCGCACCACUCUUGUGUUAGUUUGUAGUUGCAAUUCAAUCAAACCGCAGAUAUUGAAUUAUAUCCUAGAAGGAACGCACACACCAAUGAGCAACAGACUCAGUCUUAGUCACUGCCAAAUUCGGUCACAAAGCAUGAAGUCACUAAACCCCGAACACACACUACAAUUUAAUUAGCAUCAAGAAAUUUUAAAUAAUUUUUAAAAACUUUACAUUCCCAGGAA